AUGGAGGAGAUGGAAAAUGAGAACAAGGCACUCCGUGACCAAAUGGAGAAACACCAAGAGAGGGUGGAUAAAAUACCGGGCGCUCCAAAAUUAUUGCCAAAAUGCGGCGUUGGUCGAUUCAUCGAGCAACCAUACAGUGAAGAAGCGACCUCUUACGCCAUCCCAAAGACCUUCAAAAUGUCGCCCUACCUAAAGAUAUAUGAUGGUACCACCGAUCCAAAAGAUCAUAUCAUCCACUACGUCACAUCCGUAAAAGGUAAUGAUCUUUCAAAAGAGCAGGUGCCAUCGGUGCUAUUGAAAAAGGUUGGCGAAACCCUAACAGGGGGAGCCUUGACAUGGUACUCUCAACUGGCAGAGCGCUCGAUAGCAACGUUCAAGGAAAUGGCAGACAAAUUUGUCACCACCCAUGCAGGAGCCAAAAAGGCAGAAGCUAGUGUAAAUGAUAUAUUUACCGUAAGGCAGAUGCACGGCGAGGGACUCAGGGACUUCUUAGCUCGGUUCAACAGGGUGAGAAUGAGCCAGCUGAAUGUGUCAGAAGGAAUGCCAGUAGCAGUCUUCCAAAAUGGACUAAAAAGGAACAGGUUGAGAGUGACCAGAAAAUUACUAAGCAAUCUCAUGAAAUACCCUCCAACUGCUUGGGAAGAAAUUCAUAACGCUUACUGUGCCGAGGUACGAGCCGGCGAGGAUGACCUCAACGGUCCAACCCAACGAUUGACAUCACUUCAAAAUGAAGCAAGGAAAGAUCAUCGCAACGACGGUCGAAGAGAUCAGUUGGGGCCUCGCCUCAUCCGGGAAAGGCAUCAGCCUUACGUCAGGACGUCUGCUCCGCCUCCAUCACGGCACACAGAUGUUCCCCCUCGACAUACAGUACCAUAUCGACACGAGAAAGGUAUGCCUCCACUCCUACCUGCUCAUAAUUUUUGUGUUUCUCCUUCAGAAAUAGUGUACGCACUGGAGAAACUCGGUCCAAAGGUGCAAUGGUCGCAAAAAAUGAGGUCAGACCUCAGCACCCGGAAGUCAAGUGCUUUCUGCGAAUUUCACCAAGAAAGGGGUCACAUAACCGAAGAUUGCAUAGGACUGCGACAUGAGGUAGUGCAAAUGCUAGGCCUGGGAUACCUGAAAGAGUUGCUGAGCGAUCGAGGACAAGCUAACUUUGCCCGCGGAUGCAAACAGCCCCAGGGACCUCCAAAACCGCCUUCUCCCGCUCGCACUAUAUAG